GUUUUUAAGAUCAGGUUUAGGCAUCAGACACUCUUCCUUGCAUCUCAGCCGCUUUGGCUAGGGUUUUUUCAUUUUAUUUUUUUUUUAGCCCCUUCAACCACACCCCAUCUAAAUUUUCCAAUUAACUCUGAUUUUUCCCAUCUUUAAUCUCUUAUCGCUUUUUCCUUUCUAUUUUUCUCGCCUCCCAAACACUAAAAAAAGAAGCUUUUUCGUAUCUCUUUACUUCGUCGAUUCAUGGAUUCCAAUAAUCAAUAAGGGGUUCUGUGGUUGCUGUUUUUAACAGUUGGGUUGGAUUGUGUGGGCUUUAAGGGAUCGGAUUUUUCGGUGCUAAAAUAAUGGCAACCACAAACCCUUUUGAUCUUUUGGGUGAUGUUGAUCAGGAGGACCCAAGUCAGCUUAUCGCUGCGGCUCAGAAGCUUACUCCUCCUCCACAGCAGACUAAGAAACCUCAGGCUCCUUCUGCUGCUGCUGCUGCUCAGCCCGCUAAGCCUGCCAAGCUUCCUUCCAAGCCUGUCCCUCCUGCUCAAGCUGUGAAAGAGACAAAGAAUGAAACUGGCCGUGGAGGUGGACGUGGGUUUGGACGUGGACGUGGUGGUGGAGGAGGUGGAUAUAAUAGAGAAUCAGUAAGCAAUGAAAGCUCUUUUGGCAACAAUGGAUUUUCUGGAGGAUAUAGGGCACCUGAAGAGGGAGAUACAGGAAAAUCCUCUGAAAGGCGUGGCUAUGGUGGUGGUGGUCGUGGUGGCUACCGUGGUGGUCGCCGUGGUGUUGGCAAUGGUGAGGCUGUGGAAGGGGAACGUCCUCGGAGAACCUAUGAACGUCGCAGUGGUACUGGACGAGGGAAUGAGCUUAAGCGUGAGGGGUCAGGUCGUGGGAAUUGGGGAACACCCACUGAUGAGAUUGCUCCGGAAGUUGAAGAGCCUGUCAUUGAAAGUGAGAAGAAUGCUGAGAAGCCAGUGGGAGAUGAGGAAGCUGUGGAUGUGAACAAGGAGAGUCCUGUGAAUGAGCCAGAAGAAAAAGAACCUGAAGACAAGGAGAUGACUUUGGAAGAGUAUGAGAAGGUACUUGAAGAGAAGAGAAAGGCCUUGCUUGCACUGAAGACUGAGGAGAGGAAGGUUAAUUUGGACAAAGACCUUGAGUCCAUGCAGCAGCUUUCAAGUAAAAAGGGAAAGGGAAAUGAUGAUGUCUUUAUCAAACUGGGUUCUGAAAAAGACAAGCGCAAAGAGGCUGCUGAAAAGGAAGAGAAAGCUAAGAAGUCUGUUAGCAUUAACGAGUUUCUGAAGCCUGCUGAAGGAGAGAGGUACUAUUCCUCUGGAGGUCGUGGUCGUGGCCGUGGACGUGGUUCAAGAGGUGGAUUUGGUGGAUAUGCAGCUGGCAAUGCGGCAGCUCCAUCCAUUGAAGACCCUGGACAGUUCCCGACCCUGGGUGGUAAAUGAUAUUCUACCACUUUCUCCGCUCUCUAAGUUGUUAUCCAUUUGGGGAUUAUGUGAUAUCACUUAAAAGAGUUUGAGUGGCAGGGCAUCAACAAUUACAUUUAAAACUAUUUUUAAUGUUUUGUUUUGAGUGUAAAUUUUAGAUGUUAUGUCUUGGAUCCAGAAGUCAUUGCAUCAGUUUUGAUUUGGAGUAGGUUGGGAAUACAUUCAGCUAUUUUUCUCUAUUUAGUAUCUGUUUUGCUUGGUUA